CCGUGACCACCUGGGGCACCACCCAUAAAGCACGUUUGGGCAGCUUAGCCGUACUGUACAUAGUCCACAGCUGUACUCCGUACUGCACCGACUCUUCCGAGUCGCUCCAGAGCUCCACAUCCAUCUAGAAACAUGAGACUCUACUCAAUAUCAUUGUUCGUCGCCGCGGUGGCUGCUCAGGCUCAGCCUGCGAAUCCCCUCCCAUUUAACGGUUGGUACGCCGAUCCCGAGAUCCGCGAGUACGACCCCAUCUUCUGGAUCUUCCCUACCACAUCCAUAGUGUUUGAAGACCAGAAGUGGUUCGAUGCCUUCUCAUCUCCAGAUCUGAUCAACUGGACCAAGCAUCCCAAUAUCCUGACGACUGCGGACAUCAACUGGGCACAAGACAGCCUGUGGGCUCCUAGCUCCACCCGCGGUCCUGAUGGAAGAUACUAUAUUUAUUUCAGCGCGAACGGUCUUCGAAGCCAGGACUCUACUGCCGGACUGGGCGUCGCGGUCGCCGAUACCCCCGAGGGGCCCUACAAGGACGCACUGGGCCAAAGGCUCCUGGACAGUGAAAUCAAUGGUGCAAAUCCGAUGGACCCAGAUGUGUUCAUCGACGAUGAUGGUGUGAUAUACUUCUACUUCGGCGGCAGCGCCGUCAAUGUGGCUCUUCUCAACGAAGACAUGAUCAGCUUUCUACCGUUCCCAGACUCCAACUCAACCUUCAAAGACAUCACGCCGUCUCCCAGCUUUGUAGAAGGCACCAAGGUAUUCAAGCGCAACGGCCGCUACUACAUGACGUGGUCUGAAAAUGGCUACGGCGAUCCCACGUACCAGGUUGCCUACGGCACGUCCUCUUCGCCUCUUGGUCCAUUUGAGCCACAAGGGGUUAUACUCUCGCAGAAUGCAAGUGUAGCGGUUGCUACGGGUCACAAUGGGAUUCUGAAUAUGCCAGGGACGGAUGACUGGUACAUAGUCUACCACCGGCGACCACUAAACGAGACAGACCCAAAUCAUAGGGUCAUUGCGAUUGAUAGAUUGUAUUUUGGUGAGGAUGGAGCGGUUGAGUCUGUUGUGAUUACGUAGCUAGAGCGAGGGCGCCCUUUCAGGACUUCAAAUUCCAUGGGAGACGGCGGCACGCUUCAAAUUCAGAGCCAUGUAAAAC